AUGCACACCAACUGGUACGUGAAGGUGUGCCCGCCCUUUGGUCCGGGCCGCUUCACGCCCGGUGCCAGUCUUGUGGAAGAAUUCCCCCACGGCGUUGAUGCCGACGUCCUCGUUCUCGGCUCUGGCGACCUACGCGAUGUGUUAUACACAGCGUUUGCGGACAAGGGACUACCCGAGCGCAAGAUCGACUUCACCAUCUGCGACGAUAACAAAUAUACCAUCGCUCGCAACGUCCUUUUUCUCACACUGGUACUGGACAAACAACUUGACAUUACUGAGCUGUGGGAAAUCUACUACGAGAUUUGGAUCGUCCAGUCCGACCUCAAGUUUGUGACCGACCAGUUGGAGAAACUGGCCGACCUUUCGGAGACCCAAGAAGCAUGGCGAGACAGCCCCUAUGGCGCGACGCUGCGCUUCAGCGACGAUGACAUAUUGGCGUCGCUCCAUGAAGUUUGGGUUGGAUGCACAGUUACCACAACUGCAGAGGAUGCAGAAGACGAGGUUGACCUUCAAGAGUUGUUCGGUCAAAGCUUGUACAUGUCCCGCCGCCACCACGAAAAGGAAAAAGUGGUAUCCAAGCAAGACGUCUCGCGGUCAUGUGCUCCUCUGGCGGCAGAUCUGGCCGACGAGAUGAUAUAUACCACGAAACUGCACUGGGACAAGAUCCACGUACAAGACAAAGUUGACGAAGCUAGCGAAGGCGAAUCUCGACAGCCCAACCCCCUGUUCCUCUUCCCCAUGAUCACCGCGCCGAACAUCCUUCAGUAUCCAACCAACCCCCUUCUCAGUUUCCACAUGGCAACCGCAGAAAUCAACCAGAGCCUGUCCUCUCCACCCUAUCUCGGGGGAAAUCCAUAUCCAGGGCUCAUUUCAAACCGGACCGAUAUGAAAUGGGAGUAUUCGGCCUUGAUGCAAUUCAAGGCUUGGGUUAAGGCUUUUGCUGAGGCUGCCCCAAGGCUCACCGUCCGCUUCUCCUCGGCCGAUUAUUUUGCCUUUUGCCACACCAUUCGACUGAAUCUGGAGUCGGGGGAUCUCUGCGCUCAACACUACCGCGCCAAUACCAGCUUUGAUCUACUCGUUCUGUCCGAGGCGGAAUACGGCGCUGAGGGAACCGCCCCCCGGCAGUUUGAUGUCAUCGAUACAUCCAUCCUGGCUGGCCAAGUGAGCCCGCUCAACCUUCUAGUCUCCGCCUCGGGCCUCCUCAAAGACAAGCCUUCCUCGACCAUCUACACGACUAACUAUCAUCGCAUGGGACACGAAGACGACUUCAAAGCCAUCCUGGCCGGUCACACAACGGAGCUGUCCAUUCUUCUGGGCCUCGCUCCUCUGGAAUACUGGACCAACGCCAGGGCCAUGUCGCCAGCCGACCAGGUCUUGGCGGUAUGGACGGAGAGGGCAACCACAGCACAGGGACGGGAGACACUCUUCAACUUCCGCAUUGCCUGGAAGCUCAUCAAGCACAUUGUCGGCGCUGGCACCGGUACCGUGACCGUCACGCCCGCAUUGGGGGAACACGCCAUAGCCCGACUCAUGCUCAAGGUCUACCGCCAUAUGUUUGGGCUUGCAGAAGUGUCCCCGUCAGUUGAGAAGGCAGAGACGGGGACCCUCCUCAGAACCCUCGCCAAAUACACACCGCGUAUGCAAAACACGGCUACAAGUUUCACCGCCCUUGUUGACGCGGUGUGCGAUCAGGCUCAAGCCGAUUCGCAAGUGGUUUGGGGACAGCUGCUCCUCGGUCUCAUGAACGAUCCGAACUGGCCGAACCCGAUGCGGCGGUUUGCCCUGGGCUUGACCGAUACGGAGAUCCACCCUUCCUUGCGCACGUUUUACCUACCUGCACCGUCGGCCGACCGCCUCACGCGCACAAUGUCCUACCCAUGGGACAAGUGGUCCGCCCGUCCCGAGCAACUGGCCAUUACUUUCACCGUGCCGACUCGUGUCUGGCACCCAAUCAGACUUCACCCCGGCCCGAUCCCGCUCAGGGAACGCGAAACUUCCGUCGCCGCCUUCUUGGGCAUGCCCAACCCCCACCCCUGUAUUGAGAAACCUCUCAGGUGUAUCUGUGAGGACAUCCAAGUGGGAUUUGGAACGAUCUCGGAAACUAAAGGCCGCGGCGAGGAGGACUUUGCUCUUACCAUCGAGGAAGAGUCGGCCGGUUGGGGCUGUGACGAGUCCAUGAUCGUCUCCUUCUACCUCCCUACUGACAUGAUAGAGAGGUUCCAAACGUCCCAAUACGCGACAGUCGGCAUCUUCGCCCAGCCCCUGCGACUCACCGACAAGGGCUACAUUGCGUUGCCUGGUUACGAGAAACCUUGUUAUGUGCUCGCCCUGAACGACAGAAAGAAGGUCUUCAUCACAAAGCAUCGGCCCAACCAAGAGAGCCGGGAGGUCUCGGAGCACUCGCUGCGCCAGACCCACAAGAACAACGCGGCCAAGAAGGAAGGGGGAAAGGCCGGCCAGGAGAAGCCGGAGCCGUUUGCCAUCGGCCUCAGGGCCAACUUCAACGAUGCCGAUAGCAAGAUCGGGACGAUCACCGCCCGCGUCGACGUCACGGCAGACCCGGCCCGGCGACUCCUGGCCGACGGAGGGCUCAUCACCCUCACCCAAACCUCCCCCUUCGCGUUCCAACUCACCCUCGGCACCACCGAGAGAGUCGCCUGCCCGGUCUUCUUCCCCGCGCCGGUCCUCAAGCGCGGCGACUGGACCCACAUCGCCCGCACGUCGGGCUACAUCGAGCUCGUCGCGCCCCUCGUCGACAUCCCCCGCGAGUGGCCCCCCGAGCUCGACACCUUCCUCCUCCCCACCACGGCGCCCUCAUCCUCGUCGCGGUCAUCCCCCCCCGUGACGCUCACCAUCCACAACCUCAACCUCGACGUGUUGCCCAUCCUCUCGCUCGCCGGCAAAACCCCCAUCCGCCGCUCCAUGGCCACCUUCACCUACCUCAUGUUCUCGCCGCGCGAGCGCCAACUCCGCGACCAGUUGCAGGCGCUCGAGGACUCGGGUGUCCAGCGCCCUGUUGCUGGUGCUGGUGCUGGUGCUGGUGCUGGUGCUCGCGCGGCGUGUGGGAACUCCCCUUACUCCGCCCGCCUCGCGUUCAAGGAAAAUCUCUACAGCAUGUUCAUGCUGGCCACCGGCCUGCACGGUGGUCAACCGACGAAACUGUUCGCGCUGUCAAACACCUCCCCGGCGCGGGGGAUGCACAUCCUGGUUAUUGUCAGUUCCGUGCGGCUUGACGUGGCCGGGGGUGGAGGUGCUGGGUGUGGAGGGAUGGUGUUGGAUGCGGCGGUUUUGCCGAUUACGCGGGAGAUGAUGGAGGGGGUUGGGACCGGGGAGGAGAAGUUGAGGGAUAGCGGGAUGGAGGAGUUCUUGUUGCUGCUGCGGUCGCUGGACUGCUGCACGAUGUUGGUUGGGGCGGAGGAGCUAGUGCUGUGGAAGAAGACGCUGCCGGCGCUGGCUGAGCGGUGUCGGACGUGGAUGCACCGGGACGGCGACGCUUGCGAGUAUGUGGCCGCGGGAGGCAAGGUACCCGUCAGCGUGGUGGAAGGGGAGCAAGUGCUAUGCAGCUGCGGACAGGGCCAGUUCCCCAAGGACUAUCUCCAGCUGCCCGGAUGGGACACAACGGCCGCGCGGUAUGCCACGCGCGUGGCCAUCAGCCCUGUGUACGCCUCGGCCCUGGUGGGGGAACUGAUCGACCCGGCGCUGGCCGAGGAGCUGGCCGAGGACUUGGUCAACAGUUGCCGGAACUGCGGGAAGUCUGCGCUGCUUGUGUGUGAGGAGUGCAGGGAUGUCAGAUAUUGCUCGACGGCGUGCCAGAUGGAGGACUUGGGCAAGCACAGUUUGGACUGCCUGGACAAACGGAUGAUGUCGAUGAUGGAAACGGCACAGCAGUUGAAGAAAGAGGCCGCUGAAGGAGGUGAUUGA